GGGAGGAAUAGUGCCCCAUCGUUGGUGUCAGUGGGGGGGAGGAAUAGUGCCCCAUCGUUGGUGUCAGUGAGGGGAGGAAUAGUGCCCCAUCGUUGGUGUCAGUGGGGGGGAGGAAUAGUGCCCCAUCAUUGGUGUCAGUGGGGGGAGGAAUACUGCCCCAUUGUUGGUGUCAGUGGGAGGAGGAAUAGUGCCCCAUUGUUGGUGUCAGUGGGGGGAGGAAUAGGGCCCCAUCGUUGGUGUCAGUUGGGGGGUGGAAUAGAGCCCAAUCGUUGGUGUCAGUGGGUGGAGGAAUAGUGCCCCAUCAUUGGUGACAGUGGGAGGAAUAAUGCCCCAU